ACAGCCAGUCCAAAACAAAUAAAAUUUCGUCCAAGUCGGGUGUCGCGGACGUCGUCCUACUUUUUGUUAUGCUUCGUGAAAAGUUUUCAAAAUCGGUUGCUUUUUCGUGCUGAAUUUGCGUAUUUUUUUUCACUUUCGCUCGCGCCUAGUGUGUGACCUCAGGAAAAACAUGGCUUUGUGUAGUUUGAGUAUCGAUUGAGUGUUUGAAAACCGCCAGGAUGAACAUCGGCAGGCUCAAGCUGAAGCCCAAGGGGGCCUCCUCCGGCAAGAACAGCAGCCCCUCUUCGUCGCUGGUCGCCGCAGAGGCCUCGACAGCCAACAGCCGGAGCAGCAGCACUAGUCACCUUUCGCCCCGACUUCCGGCCUCGACGAAAAGUGCCACCAGCAAAUCAGCGUCGUCCACGGUUGCAUCGUCGGUUCGGUUCAAGCUCGAGGACGAAAUCCUCGGCAGCGUCAGCAGCAGUGCCACAAGCCACGACAAUGACGAUAGCUUAGAGAUUAUGGAGGAAAUCGAAACGCAGGAUGAGGAGAGUGGAAGCAUUCGGGAGGAAGGCGGUGACGAUGGCACGAGCAGUGUUUCGGAAAAGGUGGUCCCACUGAACGUGGGUCGUCCGAAGACGGCAGCGACGACCGCAGUCGCGACUGGUAGCAGCAAGAAGCGCCAGCUGUUUGAUAUUGACGACGACGAGCCGGAACUUGAGUUGGGCGGUGGCGGGGGGAAGUUCGACAUCGAUGAACUGCAGCUGUCCGGGGACCAGAUUGCGGUGCACUUUCAACCGGAGGAGGGGGAGGAGGAGGAGAGUGAGGGUGAUUUCGUGGUCAGGUUGGCCAACAAGAAGAAGUUGAUGCAGCAGAACCACGACGUGGACUCGCUGGAGCAGAUAUUGAACGAUAUUGAGUCGGGCUCGGAAGGGGUUGAAGCGCCGGCACCGGUUCAGAAGGAGUUGUCUCCGCUGAACGACGACGACGUGCUGAUCAACAACAGUAAGGUCAGCUUGAACGCGCUGAAGAAGCUGCAGAAGCAAUCGCAUGUGCAUGAAAACAACAACAGUGGGGACAACAGUUUGAACACCACGAACGAUAUCUCCGAGUUGGCUCGGGACACCGAAAGUGAUCGUGUGGCUAGUGAUCGGAGUGAGGGAAGAUGUCGUUCCGAGGGAAGAAGCAAAAGUGUUGACGGUUCGACUGGGGGGAGUGAAUCUCGUGGCGGGGAGGAUAAACCGUUUUCCAGUCUUGGUGCCUUAAAGUUUGAAGAGGAGGGAGAUGAUCGCGAUCAGGAAGAUAACUCGAUCGAAGAAAUUGUGAUGUCGAAUCCCUCGGUAGUGGCGUCGUCGUCGGUCGCGAACGAAGCAAGUUCGUUCGAGGAAAACGUGACCGGUUCGGAAUUCGACAAGUCGAAGGAAGUGCGCGGUCAGAGUUCGCCCGAAGAUUUGAAGGAAAAGAUACUAACCUCGAGCAAGUCGUUUGAAGAGGUCAAGUCGCAGCAUGAGUUGGAAGUGCCUAGUGAUAAGCUAAUGGAAGAUGAUAAAGCUACCGCGGUGAAGCAAAUGGAAAAGGUGACGGAGUUUAAGGAAGCACUGGAGGAUAUUUCCGAAGAGUCGGAACCAACACUGACAACUUCCAACCACUCUGGAAGUAAACCAAGCACGGACGACGAGCAAUCGCGACCUUUCGUGGUGCUCGAGAAGGGCAAGGAAAUGCGACGAAUUCUGGACGAAAACAUCUUCCAGAAGCAACUUAGCAUCGGAAGCACCAUCUACGAGGACAACAAGGAAAACAUCCCGGACUCGCUGUCCCUGAACAAAUCCAUCGACUUCAACAGCGUCGUCAGCCUAAACAUGUUCCAAGCGAUGCAGCUCGAAAUGAAAGAACUGCGAGAAAUCAUCGCCAACAAAGAAGCCGACUCUUUUUCGCGACGAGAAUCUCUCAAAGAACCACGUCCAGACUCCCUAAAAGACAACCCACGCAGCGAUUCAAACAGCUUGGCGACAAACUCAACCGAAUAUCGACCGCUCAACGAGGAACCUCCCGCCCAAAAAGAUCACACCAGCAAUGUGUAUCGCUGGGUGGAAAUCCUCGCUGAAAAGUUGCAAGAAUCGCUGCAAGAUCGCGACCGACUCCAAGCCGAGGUCGACAAGCAAGCCGAAGAAAUCAACCAGAUCCGUAAGCAACUAACCGAAAACGUAGAGGCUAUCCGCGGUAGACCGCACUGGAUGCGCGACCAGGAAAGCACCGGCCAAAGAAUCUCGGAAAUCUCCAUCGAUCUAGUCAGCGAAACGGACGACGCCCUGUCGGUUCCCGACAUGUACGAGGAGCGCUCAAACAGAAACUCGCGCGAGCGCCAGCUCGACCUCAACCUCGACAUUGACUACUCCGAGCAGAACCCGCUGCACAUCCCCACCGCCCCCAUGACCAAACAGCUCGAACAGUUCCGGAAGUACCUCUCCCCGGACGAACUCCGCCUGUUCAACAUGGUGCAGGGCAAGUUCGACGACUACAUCAACCUGGAAAUGCACAAACUCAAAUCCACCCACGAAGACGAGUCCAAAGUCCUGCAGGAACGCCUCGAAGCGGAAAAGAACGAGCGCGAAGCGGAAGUCAGUCGCCUCCGCCAAAUGUUAACAAACGUCAAAUCUGGCUCGACGGAAAUCGUCGACCUCCGCACCGAGCUGGAAGCUCGCCACACCCAGGAGAUGGCCGACCUGCGCACAUAUUUCGAGAAAAAGUGCGUCGAACUGGAGAAGCAGUACUCAGAGGAGGUCUUUUCGAUGCACAGUCGGCGCGUUUCGGCGAACGACACCGUGUCGGACAUUUCCGACCAGGAGGAGUUCCCCGAGGAGAACGGAGGCUACCAGUCGAAGCACACCAGUCCGAAGCGCAAGCUCAAGGAGGAGAUUUAUCUGAGCCCGACGCACCACAAGAUCACGCCGACGACGAUCGAUACGGCGGGCGAGGGCAGCGCGGACGAGGUGAUGGAGGUGGUGGCGGAAGUUGAGAAGGACAUUCAAAUGAAUCCUGAUCAAUUGAACCAGUUCUACAAGACAAAGAUCGCAGAUUUGCGACGAAAGCAUGACGCCGACAUAAAACUGCUACAAGAAAGACUGAAGUACUUCGAGGACAAAGAGGCUAGUGAAGAGUUUAUUCUUAACACAGAAGCUCCCGUUGUGAGCGCGAAUGCAUCCCACCUAACAACUCAAGCAAAACCGCCUCCACCAAAAACACCGUCAACGACGUCCACAAACGUUGUCACACCCACUAACAACAACAUCAACCCAACGACGACGGCCGAUGCCGGGACGGAGCCGAGUGACGAUCUGCACGAGAUCAUCUCGGACUACGAGCGGCGGCUCCAGGAACAGGUGGCCCUCGCCCGGCAGGACGUGCUCCGCGAGCUGGAAGUGCAGAUACAGGCCCUCCUAACGGACACCGUCGUCGAAGACAGCCACUGGCCACCGGAGCUGGUUCUGCUGAGGGAGAAGUUUACCGCCAAGAGUCAGCUAGAAAUCGCCCAACUUGAGAUCAAACAUGAAGAAGAGAUGGCCAAAGUAAAGGCGGACUUUGAAAAGCAACUGCAGUGGAAGCUGAAGCGCCAGUCGACGUUCGAUUCGACGCGCGAUCUGGACAAAAUCAUCAGCGAGCGAGACAAUCUGCGGGAAUUGUCGUCUACGCUGCGCUCGGUGCUGGGUGAGCUGGUCAAGUAUGUGACGGUCUGCGAAGACGACCUGAACGCCACCCUGAUUGGGGAGCUGCACAAGCACGGUAUCGCGGUCGCCGCUGGUGGGGAUGAAACGUUGGACGGAACGCUCGCCGUUGAUUUGAACGAAACGGGUGCGUCGACGUGUUCGACGGGCCGGAAGUUGCACAAGUUUACGCCGGAUGUUUCCGGGUUGGCGUCGAUCAUCGAAGACCCUUCGCUGUUGCAUUACGUUUCGAAGGAAGAAACUGGACGAAGUUCGCUAAAUCUUGACGAAUGCUUGGAGCGACUCCGCUUGGAAGCCGUCCAUCUGCUGAAGUUGUCGGAAAAGGUCACGCGAAAAGCAGACACGAAAGAUGAAGAUCUAGACAAGGCUUCGGUGAAAAGUGACAGUUGUGAAGAGGAAGACGGACUCAAACGGGGUGGCAACAGCAGAAAAGACGGCGCAAGUACUCGUUCCUUUGACGAAAACAUGGUGCGUGAAGUUGAAGGCGUCGUGCCGAAGCUGCAAACUGCCACGAGCAGUCUGCCAACCGAUCUCACCACGGUCCAAUCCAGUGGCGAACUUAACAUUCAACUGCACGAGCUGCGAAAUCGUCUGCUCAAAACGGAGGAUGAAAAGCGCCUCCUCGAAACUGAGCUGGCCGACACAUUGACCCGCCACAACAGCCUCGUCCUGGAACUCAACGAAACCAAGCAGCACCUGCUGGAGCUGAACAGUCAACGGGUCGAGUUCAGCGAAGGUUACGGCACGAACGCCCUGAUCCCGUGCACUCACCAACCUUCCAACAGCUUCGUAGAGCUGCUGGACCGUUCCAAACAUGUCCUGAGCAGUGCCUCGGACAACACGGUGGACAACGCCGCUGCCGCCAACCUGCUCCAGCUCGUCGAGGACUUUUGCCGCGAAGGUGAACGCUACAUGGACGACGGCAAGCGAAAGGUCGAUCUGCAGUCGCAAAUCGAAGCCGCCGACAAACAGCUCAAAGCGACACGCAUGUUCCUGGAGGAGCAAGCCAUCGAGCGGGAACAGGAACGAGACGAGUUUGUGAAGGAAAUUCAACGGCUUAAAACGCAGCUCCGCGAAAAAGACAAGGACAAAGUGAGCUUCGAACGGGCCACCAAAGAGGAAGGAUUUUUGUGUGACAGUUGUAGUUGUGAUAUCGAUAAUCGGGAGAUUAUUGUGAAACUGGAAGCGGUGGAGCUGCAGAGCAAGGAACUUGGCGCACAUCUGGCCGAACGAGACGACCGCAUUCGGAAGCUGGAGGCCGACCUGAAGGAUUCGAUCGACAAAGGCUUCACACUGCGGGAAAUCAUCACCGAGCUGGAGUCGCAGAUCGACGGCAAGUCCGUCAACGAACACGUGCUGGAUUCCAAGAUAAAGGAGCUCGAGCACUACAUCAACGCCCAGAACCGCCAGAACGAAUCCCUCCACCAGGAGAUGGAAAGCAUGAAGACGGACCUGGCCGUUCGCGGGUACGACGACAAGAUCGCCAAGCUCGAGGAGGAGCUGCGCCAGUCGCGCCCAAGCGUCGAGCAGAGCCUAGUCCUAGAAGCCCUGACCGUACAACUGCGCGACAUCGAGGAAACGCUCGAGCGCAAAACCAAAAAUCUCGAAACCCUGCAUUCCAACUCGGCUGCCUCGCUCGUUUGCAGCAGCCCCUCGGAGGACAUCUCCAUGAACCAGGACAGCCCGCUGCACCUGAGGAAAAAGUCCAACGAAAGUGGCACCGGAUCGAGCGGCGGCGGCGGCGAAGUCAACCAACCGCCACCGGUUGCUCUGCCCGUGGACGAGGUCCAGCGAAUCUUCGACAAACUGCACCGGCACACCCGCGUCGAAGAAGUGGCCAUCAAACGCAUCAACGAUCUGGAGAUGCAAAUUGGCGGCGUGCGAACCAGCUAUGCGGAACUGCAACACGAGCGCGAUGUACUGCAGGAGCGCAUGUCGGAGCAAUCGCUCAAGAUCACCACGCUCCAGUCGAAGCUGGACGAGCAGCGCAUGCGGGCGGAGGAACUCCACCGGCAGGGUACGUCCCACCUAACGGUCCGGGUCCACGACCUGCAGGAGGAGCUGGUGAACCUGCGCGAAACGCUGCACACCCGCAACAAGCAGAUCGACAACCUGAAAAACUUCCUCGAAAACAGCCGCCAGGUGAUCGAACGGCAGGAGAAGGAACUCGCCAUGACGCAGGCCAGCAACGAUCGCAGCCAGUUCGAGAUCAAGCUGGAAGCGGAGCUGCAGGCAAAGACGGACGAGGUGCAACAGCUCAAGCACAAAAUCCAGCACGAAAUGAUCAACAAGGUGGCGUUGCCCGAUCUGAUGGAGACGAUGCUCGCAGACAAGAACGACGAGAUCGAUCAGCUGCGCGAGAAGCUCAACCAACUGCAGCAAACGCCGGCAGCGGCACUGGCCACCAAAGACAACGAUGACAACGCGCGCACUCUCAGCGACAUCGUCUCGAUUACCGACUGCGACGAGUCCGCGGACAUGGUGAUGCGACGCGCACCAGAACAGAGCGAAGCAGGAGCAGGGUUCUUCCCGCCGCCCCUGCCGCACAGCAUUCCGAUGGACGUCUCCAACUCGCUGUUCCACUCGAAAGACCCGCUCCAGACGGCUGCGACGACCCCCGCUGGAACCGCAACGUCACCCCUUCUCGCCAGCGGCGCCCCUCAGUUGCCGCAGCCCUCGUUCUUCGCAGUACCACCACCAGCACAACCAAAUCCCCCGACGACCUUCGAUGGUCACUUUUUCCAGGACCUUUCGGCAGCCUUCCCACGGCCAACGACGUCCACCGGGACGCCCGAGUUCCUCCCGCGGCAGAUCAACUUUUCGCUGGUUGAUUCCGCCGAAUCGAGGGGGCGUGGGGUGUUCAGGGAGCCGGCGUUUAUCGAGGAGAUUCGGGAAGAGGGGGAGGAGGUCAAGGGGAGGCUGGAGAACGAGCUGGAAUCGUUGAAGCUGAGCUUGGAUCGGGUGACGAGUGAGAGGGAGGGGGCGGCGAAGAAGCUGCAGGAGAAGGUGGACGAGAUUGCAGACUUGCAGGUGGAGUUGGGAGCGAGGAACAAGAUGUACGAGGAUUUGUUGGGGGAGAGGAAGGAGCUGAAGGAGGAGUUGGAGAGGGUGAAGGCGGCGUUGGAUGAGUUGGAACCGCUGACGGUGCAGUUGGAGGUGAAGGAGAAGGAGCUGAGGGAAGUGGUUGAGCAGCUUGAGCGAAGCGAGAAGGAGGUGGCAGAGGUUAAUUCGCUGCGGGCGAGUUUGGCUGAAGAGCUGGAGCAACAUACCAAAGAGUCUGCUGGGUUGAAGGCGGAAAGGGAGAAGAGUCAGCUUUUGCUUAGUACGCUGAAGCAGCAGAUCGAAUCGUUGAACAAGACGAUUGGACACAAGGAUGAGUUGGUGUCGAAGCUGGAGAAGGACAUCCUGAAUUACAGUAAGAACGAGGAAAAGUACCUGGAGCAGUUGAAAUCGCUGGACGCGAAGGAAACAGAGCUGAAGAUUGUGCAGGGCAACUACAAAGAUCGGUUGCGCGAGAUUGAGAUGCUCAACGAGGACAAUCGCUUCCUGAACGAGGACAUUAAUCGGUUGAAGAGUGAGCUGGCGAAGAGCUCGUCUGCCGGGUCGACCUCGAACGUGUCGUACGUGCAGUUUUUGAAGCAAAAUUGCGAAAAGUUUGAGGAGGAGUUGCGUGAAACCAAAGUGCUGCUGACGGAGAAGAUGCUCGCGCUGGAGAGGGUAAGAAUUGAGCUGACGAGUUCGCAGCAUGAUGCUGAGGAGUUGAAGAGUCAGCUGAAGCAGAAGGAGAUGGUUAUGCAGCAGAUUGGGGACGAUGGAAAUAGUUUGCAUGAGGCGUUGUCCGGCAUUCAGAGCAAAAUGCAGGACAAACUGCGCGAGGAGCAGGAACGAAGCGCGACGCUGCAAGCGGAAAUCGAGCGACUGAAGGUGCAACUGCAGCGCAGCGACAACUCGUCGAGUCCGAAGCCCUUUUCGGUGGAGGAAAUCGCCGAACAGCUCGAGAAGGAGCUCAACUACUCGGCCCAGCUCGACUCGAGCAUCAUGAAGGCGAUCGAAAGCGACGACGUCCAGUCGGAGGAUGACGCGCAGCGCCAACCCAAGUACAAGCAGUUCAACCAGGCGGAAGACCUGCGACAGCAACUCCAGCUGGAGGUCGACAAAGCGACCAAGCUGCAGGAACUGCUGGAAGCUGAGAAGCACAAUUCGAACGCGAUCCAAAUGCAGGACGCCGAGAUCAUCGAAGCGAUGCGACUUCGGCUAGAGGCUGCCAUUGAAAACGAAGGCACCCUCCAAAAACUCCUCAGCGAUGAGCGUAACAAGAACGACCGACUCUCAACGCUGGUUGCGGGCGUGCAGCGAACCAAGUCCUUCGACAAUUACCUGCUCAUGAAGACGAAAUCUUCGCCCCACGAAUCGCCCUCGCGACGGCUCAACCGAAGCAACGAGUUCGAGUCGGAGGUGGUGGCGCGGUUGGAAAGCGAAAUCAAGUUCUUGACGGCGCAGAACGAGCGCGAGCGCGAACGGGCCGCAGAUUCACAGCGCGUGCUGGAACGGGAGCGAAGCCGGUUCGAGAAGGAGAUUUCCGACCGGAACGAGCACGGCGAGCAGGUGAAGCGCGAGCUUGUAAGGGUCACCAAAGAGAAGGAACGGCUUGAGGUCGAGCUGGAUCACGAGCAGGAGAAACUGAUGCUGGCGCAUCGAGAGAUUGAGAGUUUGGAGAAGCGGAUAGGAGCGCUGCAGGAGUCGGAAUCGAUGCGGUCGAUUCGAAGGGAGCGGGUUUCGGGUGCGAAUUCGCUCGAGUUCCAGGAACUCCGUGCUCGUUUGGACCACGUGGAACAGGAGCGUAACCUGCUGCAGGAUGCGGUUCAAAGCCUCCGCACCGAAGUCGAGCGUCGAAAGCACCGUGAAGCGAAACUCACCGAAGCGUUGAGCAAGGAAAACUCCCUCCUGGAAGCCGGUCAAGGUACGGCGGUCCCCGAAGAGUUCCUCACCAAGCUGAAAGACCUCAAUCGCAUGCUUGAGUCGAACGCGCGCGAAAAUCACCAACAAGCGGAAACGCUCCGGCUCAUGAUGGACGAACGAAAAGCUCUCCAGCAGCGCAUCCAAGAGCUGGAACGGUACAGCCUUCAUCCCGGCCAGUACAACCGGGACGACCUGGAAGAGCGGGCCAACCACCUGUUCGGUAAGUACCUUCGCUCCGAAAGCCACCGCAAAGCGCUGGUCCACCAGAAGCGCUACCUUCAAAUUGUGCUGGCCACAAACGAAGAGAACGAGCUGAAAGCGCUCCAACUCCUCACCGCCCAGGGCCUCACCCCAAAUCCGCCGGAACCCACCUCCCCCAAAAAUCGCCGCUCUUUCCGAGCCGUCGUGACCGCCGUGAUCGCCAUCGAACGGAUGCGGUUCAUCGUUCGAAAGUGGCAGGGCGGUCGCCGGGUUUGCGCCAAAGCCAUCUUCUCCCAGCAGUUCACGCCCCGGCGGACGCAAUCGGCCAGCACCAAUCUGUGGGCCCGCUCGCCAAACUCGCACUUUGCCGAGUACAGCCGGGCGGCGGCGCCUCAUAGCCAGGUGUACUCCGGCCACUAUCUGAGGCUGCCCGAGCAGCAGCAGCUGCUCAUGAACGGCGAUCUGCGCGAGAAGCUCGAGGAACAGUACAAUCGGUCUAACGUUAAUCGAUAGAGUUGUAGAAUUCGUUUGGUUUUUAGCACUUUAUUAAGCGGACAAAAGUAUUACCCCCCCUUAUUUGACUAAGCAAUUGUUUCGAUUUCUAGUCUCUCUCUCGCUAACGAUAGCAUACUUGAAAAGUAUUUUCCCCCUCUUUUGUCUACACGUGCUUGACCGUAGGGGCAACAGCAACCGUUGCACAAAGUAGAUCGUACGGUUUCGAUAGUGCCUUACCAAUUUGCUUAUUUAGGGCGGCACGUUUGUGUUAAAUUAACCAAAUAAAAAAGGAGAUCGUGAGCGACUUUUGUCUGUUGAAAUCUCAAUUCCUGUUCAUUAUUGCCAUCUACUCAAAUAAUAAUUAAGUUAUACUUCUUUGACGUUACUUUUUAAGCUCUUUUCAGUUUAGCUCAUAAAUUGUAGUCUUUAGCAAAUCUAGGAAAAAAACACCAGUACUUUUGUUUAGAUCCUCCAUACCCCCUGAUGUACAAUGAUUACGUUUACUGUGUGUUUUAGUUCAAUAGAUGCCACCAAUAAAUUAGAUAAACAAAACCCUAUAUUACUAAAAUA